UCCAUGUUUGAGAAGGGGAGAGUGUCGAUAUGUCGUAGAGUUGGCAACCAAUGUCAUAAAACAAUGUGUGUACUAAUUGUUUAAUUAGAAGCUAGUUUGUUCUGUAAACCUUCAUCUAAAGUAAAAUUAAAAAAAAAAAAAAAAAAACCCUGAACCAUUCUUUCUAGAUGUUAGUGCCAUGCAGGAACGUGUGCUUGUGUCAGCCAUUAAAUGCACGUGCCUUUAGGUGGAAUGAUUUGGAAAAAGAUAGCAAGAAUAGCUGCACAACUUGAAGAAUCCAAUCUAUGUCACUGAAUUGUACAUGUAGAAAUUGAGUUUGUGUAUGUUUUGUUGUAUAUAUUUUCACUACAAUUUUUUUUUUUUUUUUUUAAUGCAUGUGCCUUUAGAUUAAAGCAGAGGUUGCAUUAUGGGUCGACUUGACGGCAAGGUCAUCAUCCUGACAGCUGCUGCUGAGGGCAUCAGCCGGGCAGCCGCCUUGGCUUUUGCAAGAGAAGGUGCCAAAGUCAUAGCCACAGAUAUCAGUGAGUCCAAACUUCAGGAACUGGAAAAGUACCCAGGUAUUCAAACUCAUGUUCUUGAUGUCACAAAGGAAAAACAAAUUGAUGAGUUUGCAAAUGAAGUUGAAAGACUUGAUGUUCUCUUAUGUGCGUCCGGUUUUGUCCAUCACGGAACCAUCCUGGACUGUGAGGAGAAAGACUGGGACUUCACGAUGAAUCUUAAUGUCCACAGCAUGCACCUAAUGAUCAAGGCAUUCCUUCCCAAAAUGCUUGCUCAGAAAUCUGGAAACAGUAUCAAUAUGUCCUCUAAGGCUUCCAGCAUUAAUUUGGUUGUGAAAAGAUGUGUGUACAGCACAUUCAGGGCUGCUGUGAUUGGCCUCACAAAGUCCCUGGCUGUAGACCUCAUCCAGCAGGGUAUCAGAUGCAACUGUGUGUGUUCAGGAACAGUUGAUACCCCGUCUCUACAAGACAGAAUACAAGCCAGACCAAAUCCUGAAGAGGCACUGAGCGAUUUCCUGAAGAGACAGAAGACAGGGAGAUUUGCAACUGUGGAAGAUGUAGCCCAGCUGUGUUUAUUUGGCAUCUAAUGAAGUAAGCAGCGCUCUUCCCAGGGAGUUCAUUAUCCUGAAUCAUAUUUGGCCACAAUUUGCCCAUUAAAAACAAUGUCACUUUAAAGAGUUUGUGGUAUAUUUAUGCUAAAAUGCUGUGUUUACAAGCUAGGGAUAAAUUUGAUUUAAUUUGCUCAAAGAAAGGCCACUUUGAUCUGAGCCACUGACUCUUCCCAUUCAAAUUUGUUAUUGUUGUUAGGUGUUGAGUCAAUUUCCACUCGUAGCAACCACAUGUGACAGAGUAGAACUGCCCCAGGGGGUUUUCUUGGCUGUAAUCUUUAUGGAAGCAGAUUGCUGGGUCUUUUCUCCUGUGA